CCAUGAGACAGUAGUUAUUAGGCCUGCACUUAAGAAGCUGCCCUGCAUUGAGUCAGGCUAUUGGUCUCUAUAGCUCUGUACUGUCCAGUGUCUUUGGCGGCUGGCAGCGAGAAGUCAUUCUCAGCCCUAGCUGGGACCUUUUCCUUGUAGGGAGUGUGCUCUGCCACCGAGCAAUGGGCCUUGAAUAUUGCAAGUUGAGAGGUGAUGUUUAGGUUUUUCUUUUAAUAUAAUCAUAUGUAAAUUAUCUUUGUGAAGGUUGGCAACCUACUAAUAUGUUGUGCGUGAGAACUUUUUACUGGAAUUUAGAUAUUUACAAAACAGCUGGAGGUCAGAUAUGUACAGUAGCUGGCUGUUCUGUGAAUGCUAGCUGCAGUAUUUGUUUUUUGUACCACCUGGUUGAAAGGGCUUAACAAUCCUUUUGAAAAUGGAGCUGUUCAUCAGUAGAAUGUUAUGCUUCAGUCUUUCCCAGAAGUGGGACAUAGCUACUCCCUAAAUUUUUGAUACAACUUGCAAUGUUUUGUCUGCCUUUAUCGUUGGUUGCAUCCUGUGCUUAACCAUCUGUGGAUGAGUUAAACAAGGGUUGUAGAUUUCUUUUUUUUUUCACGCUUUAGGUCCAUAGCAUUGAGACACAUUAUUUCGAUUGUAAGAGACUGAAAUGUCUAGCAUACUUUGGACAAAAUCUACUCAGUUUUCUGCCUCUGAUUAACUGUCUUUAGUGAGGUCUUUAUUCAGUUUGUACGAUUUAACCUUAUCUUCCUCUAUAGCUUGUGCAGCACCCAAAUAUUUGAAUAUCCAGACUUUCUGACAAUAAGGAUUUCUAUUUACCUGGAGUUACAUAGUAGCAAGCACAAGUGUAACUAAGAGUUAAAGAUAAUGGGACUAUGAUUGCUUAUAGUGAUGUUUACUCCAUGGGAAAUGGCCCAUGGGUUCUAGUGUGGUUUCUGUCUUAUGAGUCCGGCUUCUCUGUUAAGGGUUUGUAAUCUAAGCAUAUUGCUCUUUUUAAACAUCCAUUACAAUUAGACAUACUUUCUACAUUUCACUUGGCUAGAUGUCUGUGUUGUAAAUGCCAGUGGAGCAGCUUAUUAGAAGUUGCUGUUCGUAUGACAUCUAAUCAGUUCAGUGUCUGAGCACCAAACUAGAAGCAAAUCAGCUUGGCAGCUGAUUCCUGAAACUGCACCUGGAAGGCGUGCCUUGGGAUUUUGCCGCUAAUGGCUUGGCCAGCCCACAUUGUCAUUGGAACUGAAACAUGGCAAACUAAGCCUCAUGAGAUUUGAUGCAUGUCCUAGAGUACUUGUCACUUUAAUUCACGCUGAACAUGCUUUGCUUCACUUGUUGUGUCACGUUGUUUCCGCUUUUUUAGCUCCCCGUCAACCCCCUUUCCUGGCCUUUUAGCACUUGGAUACUCACUGGCUAUUUUUAUGUUGUAACUGAGAGUCUGCAUUUAUUGCAUAAUGUAAUGCUUUGGAGCAUCAUCUUUGCUGAAGGGACCUAUUAGGAUAAAGAGUUUUUCACUUCUCGGGGCUUAUUCAUGUAGUCAUUUAAGUGUGCUGAUGUCAGCACACAUUGGACAGAUUUAGUAGGUUUUUGUCAUUUUAACCAGCUUCAUGAAUGUUCCAGCACAUGUCCAGGAUGAGACUAGCCACAGUCUGGUUCUAUUAGCUUUUCAAUUAUUUUUAAGAAAAUGGUUAGUCAUGAUCUAGACAUGUUUUGGAACGUUUAUAAGGCCAGGCUGCUAAGCCAACACAGGUGCUGAUGUUUUCAGUCAUUAUCAGGGAGAGGCUGUGUAAGUACCCUUGCCAAACUCAUUGGUAACCAAAUAAACAUUUAUAAAAUUUGUCUAUAUUCUGACUCCUUCUGAAUGCUGAAAGUGUUGUUCAUGGAUAGGAUGUUGCUACCACAUGUGCUGAAAAGAUCCUUAAGCAGUGUCCUCCUAAAUGUGGAAGUGAGAAACAGAGACCAAAUGUUUUCUUACGUUAUAUAUAUAUUUUUUUAAUUACCCAUGCUUUGGCUUUACAAAUCCCUAUCUUUAUCACUGAUGGCUAUUUCAGUGAAGGAUAGAAACUGGGAAUUCCUGAUAGCUGUCAGAAUAAAUACAGCAAGUGCAGCCAUAAGAAAGAAUAAAUGUGUAGAUGACUUCUCCACUUGCCUUGCUGCUUUGACUUUUUAACAAAUCCUGAAUUGCAAAUCAGAACAACCUAAGGAUUUGGGAGCAGAUCGCACAGCAGCAGUACCGUUACUGAGAGAAGUUUUGAUAUCCUUUUUUCUGUGUCUCAGUGGGGUAGAUUCUUGCAUUGUUCUUUCUGCCAUGAAAUUACUUCUUGCCAUGGGGAGCCACAUGGGACUAAAUUAUGUGAAAGGCUCAACAUGGAUUAGGAUUGUGGCCAGCAUGAACGUAGUGUUGAUAAUUUGCUCAACUUACGUAUCUAUGGUCUUAAUGCAUUAUGAAUUAGCCUCCUACAACACAUCUUCACAUGCACAUCCCCACUCAGGAAAUGUUACCUCAUUGUGAAUCCAGUCUCUGUUUGGUAUACUGUUCAGUUACAGUCUGUGUUUCUGUGUUGUCAUAGGAGCUUAGUGAUUGGCUAGUGUGGGAACAUUUCUAUGCAUACUGCUUGCUCAGUUGAGGGAUGCAGUGACCUUUGUAAUUAGUCUUGCUGUUUUGAUGCCUCCUACGACUGUAAAACCUUUUCAUAAAUGUGCUGUACAAUAUAAAUAUUGGCUAAAUAGGGACAAAGUAUAUGCUCUGUUGCAGUUGCUUUAAAUUUGCUAAUAUCAAAGCCAUAAAAAAGAUCUUACAUCUUCUUGGGGUGAGCUUGGCUUGAGGAUUCCAUCAACAAUGGUGGCCCAGGACGUUUUGCUUCCUGAGGCAAAGGACAGUAUGGUGCCCCAUUCCUAGUCCAUGCCCAGAAGUCAGAUGGGCUAGCAGUUUUAUUUUUCAAAACUGGUGAUUGGACAUUGUCUUCAAUUGUACCUGAAGGCAGGAGGCUAGCUUAGGUGGCGGUACAGGGCAAGCCACAUAAGCCACCCAUCUCUGUCCUCCAAGGUUUUGCUACCACUCCCCAGUAUGUUGCUUAGGGCAGCUGCUGUGCUCUGUCUAAUUGUAGGGACGGCCCCUGUCAAUCAACUUAGAUAUUCUUUUUGGCUGUCCCAUGGGAUGCAUUCUAAACUGAACAUCUUCAGGAUGUUUGCUGCUUUUAUUUAUGCUACUUAAUGGCACUUGCUUUCAUUUGUGAGCUCUUUGAUUCAGGACUUGAUAACUUCUGGUUUCUGUUGCAUUUCUUCACAGGCUGCCUGCUGUUACCCGGGAAGAUCAUGAAACGAGGUCGACUUCCCAGCAGCAGUGAGGAUUCUGAUGACAAUGGCAGCUUGUCAACCUGGUCCCAGCAUUCUAGGUCUCAGCAUCGGAGAAGUUCAUGCUCUAAGCACGAAGAUCGGAAACCAUCAGAGCUGGCACCCAGCAACCUUUCUUCUGGCCAGGAGAUCAGGGAGCUCAGCUGCUGCCACAGUCCCUGCCAGCAUCAAGUAUUUAGAACAGACCUGAUCACUGCCAUGAAGCUGCCUGAUUCCUACCAGCUGAACCCGGAUGAGUACUAUGUGCUGGCAGACCCUUGGAGACAGGAAUGGGAGAAAGGAGUUCAGGUGCCAGUCAGUCCGGGGACCAUUCCAGAGCCAGUAGCCAGGGUUGUAUCUGAGACAAAAGCAGUCAUAUUUACAAGACCUCGGAAGUACAUCCUUUCUUCGGGUUCUGAGCCCCCUGAGCUUGGCUACGUCGACAUUCGGACCUUGGCAGAGAGCGUCUGUCGCUAUGACCUUAAUUUCAUGGACGUAGCAUGGUUGGAACUGGCUAAUGAAGAAUUCAAAGAGAUGGGGAUGCCUGAACUGGAUGAAUACACUAUGGAGAGAGUCAUGGAAGAAUUUGAACAGCGAUGCUAUGACAACAUGAAUCAUGCUAUCGAGACCGAGGAAGGGCUUGGAAUUGAGUAUGAUGAGGAUGUUGUCUGUGACGUUUGCCAGUCUCCAGAUGGUGAAGAUGGCAAUGAGAUGGUGUUCUGUGACAAAUGCAAUAUUUGCGUUCAUCAGGCAUGCUAUGGCAUCCUAAAAGUUCCAGAAGGCAGCUGGCUGUGCCGAACCUGUGCUCUUGGUGUUCAGCCCAAGUGUUUGUUGUGCCCCAAGAAAGGCGGAGCCAUGAAGCCAACUCGUAGUGGGACUAAGUGGGUCCAUGUUAGCUGUGCCCUCUGGAUUCCUGAGGUGAGCAUUGGCAGCCCAGAAAAGAUGGAGCCCAUCACAAAGGUCUCCCAUAUUCCCAGCAGCAGAUGGGCCCUGGUGUGCAGUCUUUGUAACGAGAAGGUUGGGGCAUCCAUACAGUGUUCAGUGAAAAACUGCCGCACAGCCUUCCAUGUCACUUGUGCGUUUGACCGUGGCUUGGAGAUGAAGACCAUUCUGGCCGACAAUGAUGAAGUCAAGUUCAAGUCUUAUUGCCCCAAGCACAGCUCCACCAAGAAGUCAGAUGAGGAAAACCUCAGCGAAUUCACCAGCCAGGAAAAUGAGAACGGGGCACAGGACAGUUCCCCUCCUGCUCACCUAGAACCUUUUGACAGCAUGGAUCAAAACCAGGAGGAGGCCCACAGGGUCAGCGUUCGCAAGCAGAAGCUUCAGCAACUGGAAGAUGAGUUCUAUGCCUUUGUCAACGCCUCGGAAGUGGCCAAGGCCCUGCAGCUUCCCGAGGACUCUGUAGAAUUUAUGUACCAGUACUGGAAGUUGAAGCGGAAAUCAAACUUCAACAAACCUUUGAUCACCCCAAAGAAAGAUGAAGAGGACAAUCUGGCCAAACGGGAGCAGGAUGUUCUGUUCAGGCGGCUACAGCUUUUCACCCACCUCCGGCAGGAUUUGGAGAGGGUACGAAACCUCACAUAUAUGGUGACCCGACGGGAAAAAAUUAAAAGAUCUGUUUGCAAAGUCCAGGAACAGAUAUUCAAUCUCUAUACAAAUCUUGUGGAGCAUGAAAGAGCUUCAGGCAUGCCUUCCUCCUCCUCCUCUAUGGAAAAUAUAAUGCUCUUCAACAGUACACCACUGGGCCCAGAUGCACCUCAGAUAGAGGAUUUGAAAUGGCACUCAGCUUUCUUCAGAAAGCAAAUGGGCAUGUCAUUGAGUCACUCUUUGAAAAAAACACAGAAGAGAGAGCGGAUGAGGAGGAGCUCUGGGCACGAUGACAAAUCUUUACUCAAGCAGCCCAGCCAAAGGGAAGGCUUUGCAACUCCCAGUAGCUUUUUCAGUUUUGAAAAGACCUUUGCAGAAGCACAAAUUGGAUCAGCACAACAGAAGAAUGGAGUUGUUAUAGCAGACCACAGGAAGAGAAGAGACAAUCAUUCCCAUUGUGAUGUGAUGAAGGUAGGACUGAAAGAGAAACCUUCUAAACACAACCACAAACCCUUGAGAUCCAACGAACUGUCUCAGAGGCAGUUAGAAAACAAAAGGGCUGUGAACCACCCGAGUGGCAGGUCAGCGCCCGGAACCCGGAGGGAUAUAGUGCCUAAAUGCAAUGGAUCUUUUUUCAAAAUAAACUAUAAUCCAACUCCGGUUAAAGUGCCUACGACACCCAGAAGCCCUGUGAAAAACUGGGGAGGAUUUCGAAUUCCAAAGAAAGGAGAAAGACAACAGCAGGGAGAAGGGCAAGAAGAGAUGUGCCGCCAAAACUCUAACUAUCCUUACUCGGGCCUGGGUCGAGUUUCCCCUAAAGAUAGGGCCAAAAGCAACCUAAAGGUGGACAGCGAGAAUGACGGGUACGCCCCUGAUGCUGAGAUGAGCGAUUCAGAAACUGAGAUGGCUGAGAAGAAAUGCAGGCAACAAAGGCUCAGUUCAAAUAGCACUAUUCCUAGGAGGACAGACAUCAUUAGGAGAAGCAUCCUUGCCUCCUGACUAGAGAGUGAGACACAAUAGCAGGACUGGAGUCAGUGAAGCCCCAGCCUGGAAAAAUUAUCCACUCUGCAUUAUUUAUUGGUGUGACAAGGAAGGGGGGUCCUUACACAUGGCUACAAUAUAAGCCAACAGUGAGCCUGUUUUUUCCGGGCUGUAGAAAUAUGUUUACGUGCACUUGACUAAGAGUUUGUCCUCCACCCGUCAUGUCCGUGAGAUUACAACCUUCUUUAUUUGCAACUUUCCUGAAGAAAUCACCUGAGAAGAUGACCUUGCUAUGCCAAUUGCUCAAUAAGAUGAAUACAAAUUAAAAGAUGAAAUAAAUGGGGGGUAGAUUCAGAUGGGGAAACCGAUUUAGGUGGAUAGCACUGAGGAUUUUCCUCUGUCUCUGAAAAGCACAAGCUGUUAGUACACAAGGAUAAUUUACAAUGGUGGUUAUAAUCACCCUGCACCGCAUCGUCCACUCUAAAUUGUCACUUUCGUGAUGCUGUGCUAGGACUAAGCCCUAGUAGUCUGCAAUUUUUGUUGUUUUAGAAUUCAGGGUGGUGGUGGGUUUUUUGGCAGCUUUACGAACCCCGGAAGAGUUUUCACAAAAGCCCAUCAAGCAGGUAAGAAGAAUUUACCAUGACUACUAAGAUACCUGAAGGGAUAGAACCAAGCUGACCAAUUGUGAAAACAGUAGCAGCACAGUGCUGUUCUGAAGGAACUCAGACUAAGAGUAUGAAAACUACCCAGCUCCUCAAAUUUGGAGAGUAUGUCUUAAAGUACUUUUUAUCUUGUUCUGAGAAGGCAGGCAGAUUUGUAGCCUGCUAUAUUCUGCUGGCACUGCCCAUCCAAAAUAUGAUGACAAUUCAAGUGGGAAAGACUCAGUGCGUCUACACUGCAAAUAGUAUAUAGUUUUUGCUGUCAUGGUUCCCCUCCUUCCUUGUCUGCUCCCCACCCCACCCUGAGAAUUAUAACUCUCUGAUGGGCAACAGAUUUUUCAAUAACUCAUUCUCAGCAUCUCAUCACACAAUUCCCAGGUUUUUGGGGAGAAGCCAUGACAGGUAAACAGGCUGAAAAUUUGCUAUGAAGAUAUGCCCAUGUUUCUAAAGGCACUAGUCAGCAGCCUUUCCCAAUGUGCACUAAUGGUAUGUGUUGGGAUAUGCAAUUUUCUGACACACAAGGGUUACUUUAAAUAAAAAGAGAAGGAUGUAAUAAAUAUAUAUAUAUUUUGAAUACAAUGGAAAGGCAAUAAGAUGUGAGUAGCGCUUUACAUUCAAGCCAAUUUAACAACAUGAUUUUAUGAUAAGGAUUCGAUUUGACCAUGGAGGGGCUUGUGUUCUGAUUACAUCAUUUUAAGAAUUGCAAUAACUAAUGAGAGUAAGCCAUCAGCAAUAAGAUGAACAGAUCGUUCAGAGUCUUUUUUCUUUUUUUUUGCACCCAUAGAGUGUGUGUCUCUAUCGCGAGUGCAUCUAUAAUACACAUAACGUAGUUUUAGGCUGCAGUAACUUUGGGGACUGAACUUUGAUGUAAAAUCAGACAUAACCUAGUUAUAAGAAAGUUUAAGCAGCUGUAGGUGUUUUUUUAAAAAUAAAAAUGGACAGCCCUCCCCCCAGUCCAUCAGCAGAGGUAUUUAGCUACUUCACUUGCAAGAAGUGGGUUUACAACUAUGAAAGAAAUGUUGAAGCCUUGCAAUUUGACUUGAGUCUUCCAGGGGUUUCAACAGAGAACUGGAUUGCUGCUGUUCCAUCUUGCUAUGCAAGUCACUGAAUGAUCAAAAAACUGCUUGGGGAGGUUGACACAGUACAUGUUCCUUACAUGCAAGCAGCCCUGGCCUUCUCCACUUGGAAAAAUGUAAUGUGUGUACCUGUGAAUCAGAUAUAUUUAGUAGGAGUUUGCAUGAUGUAUUUUGGGAACCAGCCCUCAGAAAUCAUUCCUAUUUGCUUCUGGAACAGAGGUCAUAAUCCUAAAAUAAACUAAAACAAAUAAACUCUUUAAGAUUUAGAAAUUAGUUGUGGGCUUACAUCAUCUCCAUUUACUCUUGGCUCCUCUCAGCUUCUUGUUUGGCACUGCCCAUAUUUACAAUAUUGCUUGUACUAGAAUCAGAAACCACACUUGCAAGUGGGGCUUCCAAAUCUAGUUUGGAGGGCAUAUUUCAGAUGUUAAAGCAAACUGGUUUGUGCUUAAACAGGUAGCUGAAAGGGGAUCCAUGUGUGGGAGGGAAGGGAAAUGUGCAACUUUGUGGUUUGUACAUGAUUUUACAAACAAAUGUUUGGAGGCGCACCUGAAGUGAGCCUUAAUGUAAGAGCCAGCUGCUGUUUGCACGCUGGAGUUUUGGCGCAUGCAUAGAACUUCACACAGGUAGGGGCUAUUGCAAGUGCUUAACCAGAGGAAUUCUCCAGAAGUGAAGUAAAUAGAACAAGUCCCUCCUGCACACCUCUAUUCUCAGUGUACUCCAUGCCUAGCUUUGGAUCAGAAUAAGAUUAAGACACUGAGGCCUUGAUUCUUAACAUGAUCAAGAUAGUGACAACAGAUUAGGAUACUGGAAAUGAAAAAAUAGUGAUAUGAAAGAUGUAGUUUUAUAAGGCUUUAUUGCUUCUGAUUAAACUACUCAUAUCUUAUAGGUAUGUUGACCAGGUUUGCUGCUUUAAAAGCAGACAUGUUCUUGUUAAAAUAUGGGAAAAGAGGGACAUGAUUAAUUUACUUUUCAAUACAGUAAGUGUUUUGGGUGAGGGUUGAGUGAAAUAUUAUCAGUUAGCCUGCCCUGUAAGGGUGUUGUUGUUCAUCAAGCCAUAGAAGGAAUAAAAUAAAUUUGAUUAUAAGUAAACAUUAUUCAAUGUUAUGACUUAUUUUGAAAGAAAUAUCAUAACAUUUGCACUAUUAGGAAUGAUAGCAUUUGUGCAGAACAAUGCCUUACCUGUUUUGCUCCCCACCAUGUUUAGGUUAAUAAGCUUUCUGAUUUUGAAUAAUGCUGAACCAAAAAUUAAGAAAAACAAAAGAGAAAAAUAAAUUGUGCUUUCCCCCAUAGCUGCAGAAAUAUGGGAAAACAUCAGUAUGACCAACUGUACAAGUUCCAUGCUACUCUAAGCACUCAGUAAAAUAAAAAUAAAAUAAAGCAGUAAUCCUUACCUACUACUGCAUUCAUUUUGUUAAUAUGGAAACAGCUGUUAUUUCUUGUUAGGUGUCACCUUUUUCUUUAUGCAGAAUGCCCAAGACAUUUCUUGAUUUUGAUUGGUGUACUACAUUGAAAUGUAGGCUUAAUAAACCCUUCUGUAAUGACCUGGAAUGCUAUCUAUUAGGUUUUGGGGAUGGACACACACACACACACUCCCUAAAUGAAUGGAACGUUAUACAUGUCUCAUGUGUACAAAUAUUAUUUAAAAAAACUUUUAAAAACUUUCAUUGCUACAUUUGUAAAACCCUGUACAGAGGAUUUUUCACUAUGUGCCUAGCUUUGGUGUCCAUUUUGCUCAAAUUUGAAAACAGGUGCAUGAUGACAAAAAAAGAUAGAAUCAGAAAUAAAGUAUAUGUAGAGAUGACUAUUUUAUAUUACAUGGCCCAAUCCUGUAUUUAUUUUCCUCCCUUUUUGAAGUAUUUAUAAAGACCUAGUUGAAGAUGGCUGUAUUUUUUUGUUAAAAUAUUUAGUAGAAUUGUGCCUUUGUCUGUAUGUGAAUAAAUGCUGUACAUUUUGCAAUACA